CCACCCCCCCAGACUCGAAAGUGGGAUUUUUUUAGGAAUCGUGGAAUGCAGGGGUGGGAAGCGGUUGAAGUCGGUUCCAGGCGCACCUCAAAGCAGCACGCACAGGUGCUGACGAUGGACGUUAGCGGGCGUGGCAUGCCGAGAAUGGUCCUGAAUGGCGCCGGAGCCAGCAGUGGAGAGGGAAUCGUGGGUGCCUCCCAUGGUCUCGGGUACCUUGUCUAAGGUAAUUUAGCCAAAGGGUACCUUAGACAAAUGGACGGGAACUUCGACCUGGCCCUUUUCCCUCUUCUUCACUCUCUUUCUCAUUUUACACUCCUCAUUUCUCCUCGCAGCUUCUUCUCUAGAACGCAGAUACCCGAACUCCCACUAUACCUCGACUACGAUACGACUCUCACCUCCAGUUGUCAUCCCUUUUACUGCGCAAUUGCUCGCCGCAAUCGGCCCCCAAUUGGGCGCGCCUUGUCCAGCCCGCGCUCUCCCAGAGUUCCAGUGCUCUCCCUCCCUGUAGUUUUCGACGCAUUACCUCAUUGAAACAGCAACGCGGGCAGCCACCACCGCAAUCCGUCGGUCCUCCGAACGCCCACGCAACGUACCGCACCGCACCGCACCGCACCGCACCCGCGCAUCAGAGAGAACAAGCCUUGCUACCACCCCCAAAAACCUGUCGACACCCAUGACAUUGUUGUACCUUGGCUGCAACGGCACAUCAUAGUACCUAUUCGUCAAGUACCGGUAUCCCCCAGGGGGCCAAAUAAGCAACCAUGGUUCGAGACAGAGACAGAGACGGUGAUGAAUCUUCCGCGCCCAGCCAAUCAAGGCGCCCUCCUCUCAAUCAUCAGGAGAGCGAUUCGACAAACAGCGACCAGGCUCACCGAGACCACCAUCAUCAGCACCGCUCGAAAUCCCAAAAGCACGUUGUUGGCGGCGGUCGCCUGCAUGCACGCGUUCCUUCCUCCAAAGCACUACACAAACACCAUGGCUCGACGGCCUCAAAACUAAACAAUCACCGCCGACAAGCAUCCCCCUCGCCCGAUCGAAAUCGCGCCUCCGCAGCUGGCCAUCGCCGAGUCCAAUCUGAAGCAAAACUCUCCCGCGACAGCUCCUCCGCGAACCUCAGCAAAACCGCCUCCGCGACGAGCUUACGGAGGAACAAAUCCCACGGCGAAGUCAACAAGCCCGCAAAGAUCAAGUCGGUGGAGAAACUCAAGAGAACUAGCUCGAAUCCGGCCGUGAACAAGGUCAAGUCGCAAAAGUCGCAGGUACAUUUCGACUUGGGGAACGACGGCCAAGACGACGAAUGGGUUGACGCCAGCACAUCCGCUUCACCAUACCUAUCAAGACGAGGAUCGCUCGCCAGCACACAAGCCUCUGCGAAGCCUGACGACGGCAGCAGCAGCGCGAAUAACUCCGCCAGCAACUCGGCCGGCAACUCUGCGAACAACUCCAGAGCAGAAACUCCCGCAGCACAAUCAUCACCCCUGGUCCCAGCGACACCCGACCGCGAGACCGUACAGCACAAGGCCUAUCUGACCUCGAGAUUACUCCAACGCACCCCUUCCCACGGCGCACCUCCCAAGAUGACGGCAGACACAGUAUCCGUCUCACGGCGGGGCCACUCCUCAUCCCCCGACUCCAUCGGCCGCGGCUCGACCCUAGGCGACUCGCACAACGUCAGCACCUUACCGGGUAGCGCCGGCGACGAGCUUAUUUCGAGGUUCGUCAACGCAGGAAGCUCCGGCGCGGCGCGCGAAGGAUCUUUCUACCAGCUCCCAACGCCUGGGCCGGCGAGCUUACGGUCUGAGGAAAACCCCUCUCGAGGGCGACCGCAGUCCUCGGGGUCCGGACGCCAAGGAAGACACCGCGAUCUGCCAUUAUCAGACGAUGAAGACGGCGACAGCGCUCUCGAAACUCGCAAAACCCGCGAUACCACUGACGGUACAGCGCUCGCGCCACGGUCAGGAAGGCGCUUCGCUCCGCCGGCUGAAAAGUCGCGAACGCAGCAGAAGCUCAAUCUGCAGCGCGCCAGCUCCGUCAUCGAGCCAGGCCAGGCGGUAGGAGGAGGCGUGGGCGCAGUGGGCGCGAGCCCCCUAGUCGGCAUUGGCGGGCCGGGCUACGACGGCGGCGCGAGCCGCGACCCACGCGUCGCAAAGCAGCUGGAACGGACAGGGAUGGAGUACCUCAGCGUCCGCCGCUUUCAGAACCCCGUGGUGCGUUCGCUGGAUCGUCUCGCGCAGGUGAACCGCGCAAACAAGACGCAGCGGAUACCGCGCAACGGGACCGCCAAUGGCAACGGCAAGGCCGCGUCGGUACGGGGGGGCGUUACGCCGGCAGGGCAGCAUAUGCGUAACUCGAGCCUGAAUGAGGCGGCUCUGACUGCGGCAUCGGGCGGCACCGGCUCCGGUAAUGGCUCCACCCGGAGACCCGUCACCCCGCGCGCUUAUUCCAUCCGGACCAACGGGGCUGGGUCGAGCUACGAGGCCGACGGCGACGAUCAUCAGAGCAGUCGCGCCCUUCACGAGGGAAACGGCGUCCAGGGCCUCAGCGGGUCGAGUCUUGUGGGUGGAGAGGAAGACGAGGGUAUCACGGCGAUCCUCCGCAACCUGUGGGAGAAGAAUCCGGACCUCAGUGCCAGCCAGGAGUAGGUUGACCAGGCUGGCUACGUGGAUCUAGAUAUCAUUCCACUUGACUCGUGAACCCUGAGGAGGAGACGAAGUGACCAUACACCCAACGUUGAUAAGCAAGCCGGGUCACGAUCAGGAGCGAAGCGAAGGGAGGAUGCGUGUUUUAACAACGGAUAAGGCGUACUACAAAUGAGGUCUUCAACGGGCCUGGACGGGACAUGGACGGGAGGAUUACAGUGAUGGGAUGGCCCGCCCGGGGUGAUUCUUUUGAAAAAGCAUCAGGUGGCUGGCUGGCUGACUGUCAAUCCAGUCUCUGAUAUCCAGGUUUUUAGUUUGGCUCUUCUUUGCAGAUAAACAAGGGCAGGCGAAAUGGGAAAUGGCGGCAUACACAAAGAAAGACUUUUAAUAAUUCCAGCACGCUUUUGAUUUUCAGAGACCAUCCAAUGUUCCCCUCAGGGAUUUGUCAAUGGGGUUCAUAUUGAACUCUAGGAAGGGUAUUUGAUUCACAUGCAUCCUUCAACGGC